UUCACUUUUAACUUUUGUGAUUUGAACCUUCAAAAUGCUUAAAAUUCUACUGCUCCUCUGCUUUUUCAUCUCCACAGCCGGAGCCUGUGCUCCGGGUACCGGAACGCUGGGCUCCAAGGGAACAUUCAGCUAUGAAAUGAACCCUCCUGCUCUAUACACCUAUGAUUCUCUAGCAGAAUUUGAAAACGGACAGUUUGAUCAAGCCUAUGCUCAGCGAGUUGUGGUGUCGGAUGUGCAGAGUGCGAUCAACGACGUAUUGCAAGCCAACAGUAUCCCCCUAAACGACAUAAACCCACCAGUCAUCACAUUCUCGCCUCCAAACGUCACACUUACUACAGUAACCGAGUGCACCGCCGACACCGCGGGUUACGGUGUUCUACAACAAUCCACAGUCUACUAUAAGUGUGCAGCGAAGGCUGGAACCGAUGGAAAAUACGCGAAAAGUCCGUUUGUUGUCCCUUUGACCGUUCAAGUGACCGCGAUUUCUGCAAUUUAUGAGAGCCAGUGGAAGAUGUUGGCUUCUCAGAUGGCGGACAAGUUGACGACGAAGAGAGGAGCACAGUUUUAUACAGAUCCUAUUGUUACUGUUGGUUAAUUGGUUUUUUUUCUUUUUGUGGAUUUGAAAUAAAAUUAUAUUAACAGCGAGAAU